UAGCACCACCUCCGCUUCCCGUCCUCCAAUGGCCAUCCACCUCAACGCUCCGCCUCCGUUGCCCUUAGCGUCUGUUUGUUGACUUCCGGCAGCAGGGUAGAGGCCCAUUCCAAGAGGGUCGCGAUGGGGGUUUGGGGGGCUAAGGCAAUAUCUUAGGCCCAGCUGCACAGCUCCAGCUGUCUUCCCCAAGCAGUACUUUCCGUAUACAGUCCUCAGCAUGGCGGAGACCGAGUCUUUAGUGCCUGAUACAGGUGCCAUAUUUACAUUUGGAAAAACUAAAUUUGCUGAAAAUAUUCCUAGCAAAUUCUGGUUUAAAAAUGACAUACCCAUAUGUCUUUCAUGUGGAGAUGAACAUACUGCUAUUGUUACAGGAAAUAAUAAACUUUACAUGUUUGGCAGUAACAACUGGGGUCAGUUAGGAUUAGGAACAAAGUCAACGAUCAGCAGACCAACGCGUAUCAAAGCUCUUAAGUCUGAAAAAGUGAUACUUGCUGCUUGUGGAAGGAACCACACCCUAAUUUCAACAGUUAAUGGCAGUGUAUAUGCAGCUGGAGGAAAUAAUGAAGGACAACUGGGACUUGGUGACACUGACGACAGAGAUACUUUUCAUCAAAUUAGCUUUUUUACCUCCAAGGAUAACAUUAAACAGCUUUCUGCUGGAGCCAAUACUUCAGCUGCACUAACUGAAGAUGGAAAACUUUUUAUGUGGGGAGACAAUUCUGAAGGGCAAAUUGGCUUAAAAAAUAAAAGUAAUGUAUGUAUCCCUCAUGAAGUAACUAUUGGGAAGCCAAUCUCAUGGAUCUCUUGUGGAUAUUACCAUUCGGCCUUUGUAACAGUGGACGGUGAGCUGUAUACAUUUGGAGAACCUGAGAAUGGAAAGUUAGGCCUUCCUGAUCCACUACUGAUCAACCACAGAUCUCCCCAGCAAGUGUCUCGAAUUCCUGAGAAGGUGAAUCAAGUAGCCUGUGGUGGAGGGCAUACUGUAGUUCUUACAGAUAAUGUUGUAUAUACCUUUGGUCUGGGACAGUUUGGCCAGCUGGGCCUUGGUACUUUUAUUUUUGAAACAUCAGAACCCACAGUCCUUACACAUGUUAAAGAUAAAAAAAUAAAUUUUAUUUCCUGCGGAGAAAAUCAUACAGCUUUGAUGACAGAUAUAGGCCUUAUGUAUACUUUUGGAGAUGGACGAUAUGGAAAAUUAGGGCUUGGAAUGGAGAAUUUUACCAAUCAAUUCUUUCCUACUUUAUGCUCUAAUUUUUUGAGAUUUACUGUUAAAUUGAUUGCUUGUGGUGGAUGUCAUAUGCUUGUUUUUGCCACUCCAAGACUUGGUGUGGUAGAAGAAUCAGAAAUUGAAGAAAUGCAUGAUCCUGACAUAAGUACAUCUUCUUUGCCAAUCAGUGAUCUUCCCCCAGAAAUACAGGAGCAAACUUUAUCAGCACGUCUGAAACGAAGAGAGCAGGAGAGCUGCCCAGAAGUUGCUUCAGGGAUUGGAACAUUGCCUCCAUUAGAGGGGACUUCUACUACCUCUUCAGCUGCUUCUUCCCCCAGUUCAAUCCCUUUUCCUUUGCCUAUGAGUAACUACCCAGAGAAAAGUCCAUUUGACCCUGUGGAGCAGCUGGAUUCAGAUUAUUUUGAAGAUAAAAUGAUCAAAGAGAAAGAGACAGAAAAUUCUUUAACAGUGGAUUCAGAAAACCUUGGAGAAACUACUGAUGUCUUAAACAUGACACAUAUGAUGACCUUGAGUUCCAAUGAGAAGUCAUUAAAAUUUUCACCAAUCCAAAAACAAAAGAAGCAAGAUUCAUUUGAGAAACUGAUGCAACGUACAACUGGUACUGAAUAUGAUGAUAAUUAUGAAUAUGAAGAAAUGUCAAAAAAUAAAGAAGGGACAAUAUAUAAGCAGUAUUUAGCAAAAGGGAGCUACAUGAUACAGCUACCUGUGAUAAUGGGAGCAUUUUCAGAUGAGGCAUUUGAUAAUGACCCAGACCAGGCUGGAUCUCAGUUUGGCCUUGAUGAAAUGGAUUUACAAAAAGAGGAAAUAGACAAGGACAGUGAUGAAGAUGAAAUGUUCCCUGAGAAGAAAACUGACCUGAUGGAAAUGGCAGGUAUGGAGGAUAUAAGAAAAAGGGAAGUGGACACAGAAUAUCUAAGAUCUGACUCAUUUUUUGAUGACUUACUAGACAAUGACUCAAAUUCUGAUAAUGAAGAAAAUAAAAGUUUCAUUGAGGAAAAGAAAAGUAGGGAGUACAGUAUGAUUAUUGACAGUGAAACAGAAUUGCUAGAAGAACCAGACAGUUUUAUGGAAUGUGAAAGGCAAAGUCAGCAAAGCAAGGAUAAGAAAUGCAAGCAAACCAAAUCAAUAGAUAUUAGUAGUGAAGAAGAAGAAGAUGAUGAUGAUGUGGAAACUGAUCCCUCCAUGUGGCUCAGCAGAAAAUGUGUUGAGCAAGGAAUUCAAAGUGAAUCCAGAGUAUCCAGAUUGAUUUUACUGCAUGAUCUUAAGCAUGGCCAAUUGGCAGGGAUACCAGAGGAGCCAGAAUCAGGGAUACCAGAGGAGCUGGAAGCAGCAAAGGAUUCACAAAUAAUUGCAGGAGAGAAAAAAAUGGUACAGGCACAUAAGGAAAAGCUGGAGGUUCAAGGAGGAAGAAAGGAGGAGAAAGCAGAAAACCUAUCACAUGUCCUUGCAGACAAAGCAGAGGAUCAUAAACUUUCAGAAGUGGAAAUAGCAAAACCAGGAGACAUGGAUGAACAAUUUAGUGACAAAAAUCUGGAAGCCAAGAAUGAAACUGUAGGAAAUGAAAAUGUACUUGAAGAUGACUCUCAUAAAACAGAGAGGCCACAAAUUUUCACAGAUUUUUCAACUAAAGUCAUUGACAAGGAAGAAAGAAUGGCCAUAGUGCAACAGGCUCUCUCUGAAUAUAAUGAAAACCCAAAAGGACACAUGCUUGAUCGUGCAAAGAAGAAUUCUUCAGAAAUUUUGGAAGUUAAUGAAUUAACACAAAGCAAAGAUGUAAAAAAAACCAAAAAGAUCUCCUUCUUUAAUCGGAUAUCAUUGACAGGUCUGAAAAUGAUGCAGAAUACCAAUGAUCCACUCCCAGAGAUAAAGCCAAUAGGAGAUCAAAUAGCCUUACAAAGUGAUAAGACAGACAACAACCAGAACCACAAGGGUCAAAUUCUUCGGGACACUUCACCAAAUAUGGAGGGAAAAUCAAAAUCCUGUACAAUACUAUAAAUGUAUGUUUAUGUUUUCAUGGUCACUGAAAAUAUUUGUACUUUGUACUUAAAAAAUGUUAAGACUUUUGAAGGAAAUUUUCUAAUAACACUUUUAAAGA